AUGAGCACCCCACAACUUGGUGAGCAGAGGGUUGGUGCUGCUCAGGGUCGAGCUGGAGAUAAAGCAUCGGGAUCUGGAGGACCUGUAUCCUCGGGCCUUGACCAAGCAAAGAGAGGUGCUUCGAAGCUCUCGGGACUUGCGAAAGGAGCCGCUGAUGCGGGUGGCCAGUCCAUUGGCGAUGAAGCACAGAAGGCCACAAAAAAGGCCUCUGGGGACGUUGUCAACGCCCACCUAAACGAUAGUUUUCUUGAUAUAUCAAACCUAGAGGGGCUCAAAGUUGCCGAAGGGGGAAAAAUCCUGGAUAAAAUGGGCCGACAGAUCGGCCAGGUCACCGAAGGCGACCCCCAGGACCUUGUCGGCCAGAUCGUUGAUAGCCGUGGAGAGAUCCUGGAUGAAGACGGUGAUCUUAUCGGGAAAGUCGAUGUUGUUUCCCCCGAGCUCGGACAAGAGCCUACAAAGACAGCGCAAAAAGGCGACGCGGUUGAUGAUACAACCAAGGCUGCCGGCACAGCCGCUAAUGAUGCUGCGCAAAAGCUGCAGAAGCAAAGCGAUGAAGCGACAGCCGGAGCUGGACAAGCCACUGCUCCACAAUUACCUGACGUUUCCACACUCGAGGGCCUGACCUGUGACAAGCUUGGCAACAUCGUGAACCAAAACGGGCUGCCCGUUGGCCAGCUCGUUGAUGGGGACGCCAAGAAGCUCAGCAGAGACGGUUUGCAGCUGGACAGCGAAGGACAGUUCUGGGACAGUGGAGGCCGCCUUGUUGGGAAAGCCAAACCGAUUCCAGAGGAGCAAGAAGAAGCAGGUGCAUUCGCUAACUUCGGGGAGGUUAUUGUUGCCGAUGACGGUUAUGUCCAGGAUGAAAACAGCAAGCGAGUGGGUAGAAUCGUUGAAGGUGAUGCUAAGAAGCUUGUUGGUCGUCCAGUCGAUGAUGAUGGAGACAUCCUGGAUAAGAGAGGUAACGUCAUCGGUCGAGCUGAGCCAUUGCAGCCCUCGGAGAUGGAUGAAUCAGAGAGCAGGAGUUCCGGGGGAGCGGGCUCGGAAGAGGAAGACGGAGAGGAAGAGGAAGAGGAUCAAGAUCUAUCAAUUCUUGAUGGAAAAGUGGUGAACAAGAUGGGAAAUGUGGUGGACGAUACUGGGGCUGUUUUCGGCCAUAUUGUCGCCGGAAUCCCCAAGAAGAUGGCUGGCAAGAAGGUGGAUGCCAAGGGACAGGUCUGGAACGACACUGGCGAAGUGAUCGGUAUGGCUGAGCUCAUUCCGAGCGAAGAACGUGAGCAGCCGGAAGGGCCCUUCUUCGGCUUAGACGGCCUUGUUGUCAGCAAGGAUGGAGCGGUUACCGAUUCCACUGGUCAGGUCGUUGGACGGUUGGUGGAAGGCGAUGAGACUCGCCUCCUCGGACGGGCUGUUGAUGAAGACGGUGAGAUCCUGGACAAGUCAGGCAACGUGAUCGGACGCGCACAGCGCGGCGGGCCUGAAGAACAGUCACAGGAGGCCGAAGAGCCCCAGUUGUCCCCCGAAGAGAUUGAAAAGCAACAACAGGAAGAAAAAGAGCGAGAUAUAGCCAAGAAGAUGAGCAGCAUCCUUCGGCAAACCCUUGACAGUGUCAGUGCGGAUUGCAGGCAGAUUGCACAGGUCAGUAAAUGCGUUCUCCCUCAGCGCACACGGCGGAAGACUAACGUACAUGGGGAUCCCCAGAAUAUCGAAAAGGCCAACCGUACGCCAAAGGAAGAGCUGGAUGAGGAGCAGCUGGUGAAGGACGUCAAGCCUUUGAUCGAAAAGGCAAGCGGCGACUUGCAGGAAUGCAAGGGCGCACUGCGGUCUUUAGAUCCGGAUGGACAGAUUGCCUCCACAGCCAAAUCCCACAGUUCCUCCCGUGAAGCGACUCCGGAAGAAUACGAACUGGCCGACCUCCUCAAGGAACUGACCGAGACAGUUGUGACGACGAUCGACAACGGACGAAAGAUGCUAGAGGACAUGCCUCAUGCCAGAAAGCAAAUCAAUCCCCUAUGGGCUCUCCUUUCCGAGCCGCUGUUCCAAAUCAUUGCUGCUGUCGGCCUUCUGCUUAGCGGCGUGCUGGGCCUCGUCGGUAACCUCCUGAAUCAAUUGGGGCUUGGAGGGCUCCUGAAUAGUCUUCUUGGUGGCCUUGGGAUUGACAAGCUGCUCGAAGGGUUCGGAUUGGGCACAGUGUCGGAUUCACUGGGGCUAGGUGGCGGCUUCUCCUUGCGUGCUCACUUGGUGUAUCUCUUUUUCCUAGUCCACCAGUUUGUGUUUAUCGUAUUCAAGGCUGCAUUUGGAUCUGAUGGACUCAUCCCUAACGUCUGUCCUUAA